AUGGAAAACCAUCCUUUUCGGCCCGCGUCGCCUGCUGAAAGACUGCCUGCAUACUACCAAGACACAGGGGACGAAAACAUCCAAUACUGUUUCCGCGACUUUGAUUCAGAACGAAAUUUUGAUCUCUUCGACCGACAGACACGAGAACAUAAGAGCAGCAACUUCUGCAUCGACUUUGGCGAAGAUGAUGCUUAUUGCGCUUUCGAUCUCGAUGCACAAGCAUAUAAGACGUUGCUUAAUUCACCACGACCAACCGAGCUACAUACGCGAUGGAUCAAUAUCUGGAUGCCAUACAACCAGAAAGAUUUGAUACGAAUGCUGGCCUCACACUUUGACUUUACGCCACGACUACUAGGCAUGAUGAAAAGCGACCCUAUGCCGCCGCGAAACACCUCGUCAUUACGCAUGAAGAAGAGUUCUUCCACGUUGAGAUCGAUGCUGUCACAUGCAUCAAGCAAGUCUAGCUCAAUCAAGCAAAAGGCGAAGCAGGCAAACGAAGAGAUUAUGGAUUCAGAGUCGAGCAUAGGCAUGACUGAGAUGAUGCAAUCCACACAGCUGGAGUUGACGAGGGACCUGAGCCAUUACCAGUUAGUAGACGAUGUUUGGCAUUGGAGUACUGUGGAUCAGGGACGAAGGUAUAUGUGCAUAGGCUACAACUCGUUACACAACGUUCGCAGUAAAGAAACAAACACGCAUCCCCACAUCGCGGACAGAAGCCGAGAUGUACCACACGGCAAGCGUGUUUGGAACUGGCUCCUCUUAUGCGAGGACAAAACCGUCAUCUCGAUCUCCGAAGACCCGUUCCCCUUCGCCACGGGCGCAUUGAACAAAGAAGACCUCAAGACCCUCUUUACGACCCGUCGCAACCUCGUGAAUGUGUUUAGACAGCUGACCAAAGCACCCACGCCGCUUAGAGACACAGCGCUCACCCAGCUACCCAUCCGCCAACGCCUCGGCAGCAGCGACGAAGAAACAGCGCAUCGCCCCACAGACGCCCCUGGACUUCUCUUCUACUAUCUCUUCGAAGACUGGGGUGCAACAUUUGACCUCAUAUCACGUCGCGAACAUGGAUACGCCGCCGAACUCGACCGCCUCCGCCAAGAGAUGCUUCAAACAGCCAACCUCACCCACGUCGACCAACUCCACCACAUCGGCUGCCAACUCGCCGUCCUAAAACGUGUAUACCACUCCUACGAACUCAUCAUCGAACGCGUACUUAAGAAACAAGAAGCUACCUUGGCAUCCCUCAAGAAUUCGCACAUCCUUCCCGGAAACGCUUCACUGGUGUCCUCCCACCCUGUGAUAAACGAUUCGCCUGGCCCUCUCGUCCCGGAAGCUGAUAGUUUGCUUGGCGUAGCACUCAGUUCUGCGGCACGCGUUCGCUUUGAGCGUUUGAAAGAUAGAAUCCUGCUCUAUGCCCUCAGCGAAAUCAACGAAUGUCUCGACCAAAAAGAAUCUCUUGUGAUGAUGAACUUUAACCUCAUCGCCAUCAAGGAGUCCUUCUCCGUUGAGCGCCUCACCUGGGUUACUCUCCUCUUGGCUAAGAUCACAAUCUUGUUUACUCCGGUGACGUUGAUGACGGGGUACUUCAGUAUCCAGUUCAAGAACAUGGAGUUCGAGAUGAGGAGUUAUUGGGUGGCUUUUGGAUGGAUUUUUGGAGCGAGUAUGGGGUUGAUUGCAUUGUUCAGUUGGGUAAGUGGGACAUUUGAGGGGAAGAUUAUUACGCGGAGUUGGACGAGGGCGGUUUAUGAUGUUGGGAGGGGAUGGGUUGUGCAUAGGCGCAAGAGGGGCAAGAUGAUGUGA